AGGUAAAUCUUACAAACCAUUGUGGUUUUAUGGGAGGACUACAAAAAAACAAAAGCACUGGAUUGACCACUCCAUAUUUUGCUACCUCUACAGUAGAAGUAAUAUUUCACGUGUCAACAAGGAUGCCUUCUGAUUCUGAUGAUUCUUUGACCAAAAAAUUGAGACAUUUGGGAAAUGAUGAAGUGCACAUUGUUUGGUCAGAGCAUACUAGAGACUACAGGAGAGGAAUUAUUCCCACAGAAUUUGGUGAUGUCCUUAUUGUAAUAUAUCCAAUGAAAAAUCACAUGUUCAGUAUUCAGAUAAUGAAAAAACCAGAGGUUCCCUUCUUUGGUCCCCUUUUUGAUGGUGCUAUUGUGAAUGGAAAGGUUCUACCCAUUAUGGUUAGAGCAACAGCUAUAAAUGCAAGCCGUGCUCUGAAAUCGCUGAUUCCAUUGUAUCAAAACUUCUAUGAGGAGAGAGCACGGUACCUGCAAACAAUUGUCCAGCACCACUUAGAACCAACAACAUUUGAAGAUUUUGCAGCACAGGUUUUUUCUCCAGCUCCCUACCACCAUUUACCAUCUGAUGCCGUUGGCUCCUACCCAGAGAUUCUACCCAGUGAAACUCCCACAGCAACGCAGGUAGAUGGGGCUGACCUGGCCUCUCCAAUGUCUCCUCGAACUAGCAAAAGCCGCAUGUCCAUGAAGUUGCGUCGUUCCUCUGGCUCAGCCAAUAAAUCCUAAGGAGACAGCCCAACAGUGAUCAGCAGUAGCCACCUUAGCACGAACAUAGGGUUAACCCUUUCAGUCCUUUGUGUCUGCCAUAACAUGCAUGUUUCUUCCUGUACAUUUAUUUGAGAAAACACUGGAUUUAAAUAAUUUUAAAUAAUUUGUAGCUUAAUAUUAAAGAUUUGGGUUAUUUAUUGUUUCAUUUUUUUCCCACAGUCCAAGCUGCCAUAUUUUGAGGGCAGGGGGGAGUUUUAUUCUACAACCUUUACCUUCCUAGAUAAUUAUGUCUAAGUAGUUUUAUCUUUAAUUUCAUGGUUAACUUUGAGCCAAAAUACAAUUGGACAACUAGUCUCAUUAUUUAUUGUGCCCCAUUGCAACUUUAUGGUUCAAUAAAUAUAUAAUUUUUUACAAAUGUAAAAUUUUAAAUUUAAGCAUUUGUAAAGUUACAGCAAAAGAUGUACCUGUUAAUACACAGAAUGUGUACAGAUUAUUUAUGUUAUGACAAUAAAACACUCAAAAUAAAUGGUCUUUAGCAUCUCAAAUUCCAACUGAAAUCAUUUUAGUGUUAACUUUUCUUCCCAAAGCAAUGUCUCAUUUCUUGGCUGUGCAGGUGAUGCCAUGUUGUAUCCAAUAACUAGAAAAAUCACUGUGCUGAACUUUGAUUUAUGUUUAGCUUCCAAGUAUUUUUCUAAUGUUUUGCAUUUCAAGUGGUAUCACUGUUAAAUGCCAUUUGUUUUCAGAUUGUGGCCUUUUAUUAUUGGCUGCUAGAUCCUGGUGUAUCUAUGUUCUUUUUUAAGCACCAAAAAGAAGAUAGGGAAGAAAAGAAGGAAAAUUUUCUGAUGUAAGUAUGUUGUUCAAAUUAUGAGUAUUAUUUUUAAAAAAGGAAAAAGGAACGUGACCCAGGAGUCUAAGUUAAAUCUAAUAUUGUUAAUACUGAACUUGCAGGUGCAGGUUGGUAUACAUUCCACCCUCUAGAAGUAUUUUCUUACAGUAGAUAAGCUGCUCACAUUUUAUUUUGAAUGGGCAUCUCCUGAGGAAAUGUAGCAUGACAUUGGUACUAACUGCAUGUGUAAAUACAUCAUACUGGCAAACCAUAAAAUAUAAAUUAUGUAUCAUCAUUCAUGUAGUAUCUAUAAUUUGUAACAGUGGGGGAAAAAGGUGACAUGGUAUUUAAUAAUACAAUAAAAAUAUUCUUAUCACUUCCUA